GAUUCUCUCUCUAAGGGCGCACUCAAUUCCCUACACCCUACUCCUCUCUCCCUCUUCAGCCCAACUUCUCUCUCUCUCUCUCUCUAAAAUCUUGGGGAGAGACAGAAAUCUAGCAAAAAUUUUUGAAUUAAGCUGAAAGAGUAGCAGCAGUAUUACAGUUCAUUUUAAUGGCGUCGCCAUUGUUUCUGUUUCUAUGUUUUUCUUCACUUUUUUUCACUCCAUCAUAUUCCCAGAGACAGUCAUUUUUGAGCGUAAAUUACUACCAAAAAACAUGCCCAAGAUUUGAGCAAAUAUUGCAAGACACCACCACCAACAAGCAGAUCUCAUCCCCCACCACUGCCGCUGCCACCCUCCGCCUCUUCUUCCAUGACUGCUUUAUCGGCGGCUGCGACGCCUCAGUACUUAUCUCCUCCACCCCUUUCAACAAGGCUGAGCGAGAUGCUGACAUCAAUCUCUCCCUCCCCGGCGACGGCUUCGAUGUGGUGGUCCGCGCCAAGACUGCCCUGGAACUAGCCUGCCCCGGCGUCGUAUCUUGCGCCGAUAUCCUCGCCGUGGCGGCCCGAAACUUAGUUUUAAUGAUUGGCGGCCCUUAUUACUCCGUAAAACUAGGCCGGAAGGAUUCUUUAACAUCGACAGCUUCUUCAAUCGAUGGCAAUCUGCCGAAACCCACAAUGCCGAUGAAUCAAAUCUUUCAAAUUUUCGAAUCCAGGGGAUUUUCCGUUCAAGAAAUGGUGGCACUCUCUGGCGCGCACACAAUCGGAUUUUCCCAUUGCAAAGAAUUCAGCUCCAUUUUGUACAACUAUAGCAUAACAUCAGAAUCCGCUCCAUCUUACAAUCCCAGAUUUUCCCAAGCACUGAGAGACGCCUGUGCAAAUUAUCAUCAAAACCCAACAUUAUCUGUGUUCAAUGAUGUGAUGAGUCCAAACAAAUUCGAUAAUAUGUAUUUCCAGAACUUGCCGAAAGGAUUAGGGCUUCUUUCAUCGGAUCAUGCUCUGAAUUCGGAUCAGAGAACGAAGGGUUAUGUGGAUCUUUAUGCGAAUAAUCAAACGGCGUUUUUCGAAGCAUUUGGUGUAGCAAUGGAGAAGUUGAGUGUAUAUGGUGUCAAGAGUGAAGGGAAAGGGGAGAUUAGGCGCAGAUGUGAUGCAUUCAACAACUGAAAAAAUUAAGGUUUUAUUUUUGUGUCCAAUUUUUGUUUUUAUUUUUUUUAUGGGGUUGGUUCUGAUUUUCUUUUUGUUGUUGUGGGAAUAUGAUUAAUUAUAUGUGGAAAUGAUCUCUUAAAUAUCGGUAUUUAACUUAUGUUAAACAUUGGUGAUAUGACACAUUAUUUAAUUAGUGAACCAUUAAAUACAUGAGAUCUAUUAUUAACUUAUUCACUAAUUAAAUUUUGUUUCAUGUCAUUGGUGCUUAAUAUAAGCUAAGCACAUGUGCUUAGAAGAUCAUUUCUAAAUUAUAUGUAUACAUCAUUUACUUCAUAUUUAUUUGCAUUCUGAUAUUUCGAUUUGUUUUAGAGUUACCAAGUAUUUCGAGCAUGUUUGGUCGAGU